CUUGAUGCUAGUUUAUACAUUUCUUGAGCGGUGCUUUGACGGGCGCGCACCAGAACGCACCACCGGCUCUGUUGCUCUUUGUCACCAGUGGAUUUAAACCCUCUUACCCUCAUAGCGCGAUACAACAGGCAACACAGAGACACAUUUUUAAAUCACAAGGAAGCUUUUAAUUCCUCCACACACUCCUGUGACUGAGAAAUGAAUCAUAAAGCUCUUUUACUGUGGAUUUUCCUACAGUGUGCCACCGCGCUAUUCUCGUCUGCUCUUGGAGACAACGCUGCUAUUAAAGGUAGGAAAACGCUUUGUGUCUUUUGUUCAGUCUGGUCUAUCAAUGAUUUAUUUCCCAGCCUUUCAAGAAGUGUCAAAACAUUAUCCCAAGAAAGGAAAAGGAGUGCAAAAAAAAAAAUAAAAAAAAGACAGGAAAAGAAAAUCCGUGACUGAAAUGUGUGAUAGUCGCCUUAAUGUGGAGCGUUCCCACACGCACAGUUUGAUUUAUGUGCGUUUUCUGGACUAUUAGGCUAAAUCACAAUUCAUAGCAAGUGUGGCGGAAAAGUGUGUGUGUGUGUGAGACACAAAAGCGGGGAUGGAUUCAAAAGACGUAUCGGCGACGUGUCCUUUUUGGGAGAGCAGCAAGCUUUGACGCAAAAGAUCCAAGUGGAGGACACACAACGCCACGUCUGUGUGAACUACUUGGAAAGAUGUUCCGCUGAAUCCGCGUUUUACAUCGGACCGCUCAGCAGCAGCAGCAGCAGUAGAAGAGCCUAUACCACCCAGCUGAAGUCAUUUUGGUGUGUGUGGCCGCUUACCAGAGGGUGUUGAGUUCAUUUCAAUUCACAUCUGACGUUUGUCAUUUGUGUGGUCUGGACUGGUUUUCAUUGCGCCUCAUUUUCUUAGAGUAACCUACAAAUAGACGCAUGUCCUCCCCACUGCCAAAACAGUCCAGUUUUAAAGAAAAUGCUUCAUUUAUAAUCGGUUUUGUCUCAAAAUGUGACUUCUUUGAUGGUCUCUUUUUAGCUCCAGUGGUAUAAUUAUGGGAGCUCAGACUGUUACUGUGUCCGAAAGAGAGGGGGAUAGGAUGAUUUAGAAGACGAGAAGAAGGCUGGCGGUGGUAUUCUGGCUCUCUGCCCGAAUCUCCGGUACAACUUGCACCCAACCGGCAUUAUUAGAUCAGAUGUUGGCUGUGAACGCGCAGUGAUUGGCUGAUUCAGCCGCUCCCUGAGAGUGUGAGAGGUGAUUGGCUGAGGGGUUUCUAGCUCAUGGUUUUGAAAUUGAAUCAUUAAUAAAAGUAGGAUUCAUCCCCAUUCAUUGUAGACAUCAUAAAAGCAGAAAAUAGAGAUGUAAUUUGGGCAUGUCUUUAAUUUUUGUGUGUUUUUCCCCCUUUCAGGUGAAGAUAAUCCUUUGGAAGAGUUCUCAUCAGACGGCAAGAGUCCCAAUGGCAUCGUCAAGUACAACAUGAGGAAGAGUUUAGAUCUGGACCAUGAAGGCUGCUACCUGCAAACUGGCAAGAAGGAGUGUCUAGAAGAGUGUGGCUUCAACGCUACAGCCAAGACCAUCUUCAUCAUCCACGGCUGGACUGUACGUAUCACUCUAUACCUUCCCUCUUCUUUUCUUCUAUCUGGGUCACCCUUGGCAAACUGCGACUCAAUUUGUUGUGUCUCUCUGACCCCAAACUGCUUUGAUUGUUGGAAUUUAUCAUGUGGAUGUGAGCCAGCUGAGUGCAGAGUAUCACAGAGGGGUCAGCAGGUUAAAGAAGUCCAUCUGGAGGAAGAAUGAAUGAAUGAAUAAGUCUUGUUGUUGUCUUUUUUUCCCCCUCCUCUCAGAUGAGUGGGAUGUUUGAUAGCUGGAUGUCAAAGCUAGUGUCAGCAGUAAUGCAGCGGGAAACGGAGGCCAACGUGGUGGUUGUGGACUGGAUAUCGAUGGCCCAGCAACUGUACCCUGACGCGGUCAACCACACCCUCGGCGUCGGUGCCGAUAUUGCCACCUUGAUUAACUGGCUUCAGGUGUGUACAGUCAUUUUAACUCUGGAGGUAGAUUCAACUCUGAACAUGAAACCGAAAUUAGAUGACACAGAUUGCUAUUUAGAGGUUUCAAAAGGUGAUGUUCCCCGCACCGAUCAGUAUUUACCCCCCCUCUCACGUAGCUCGUUCUCACAAGAUAAAGCUUUCUUAAGUAUGUAGGGCAGAUGGAUAAACGGGUCUCAUGAGUUCUCACAUGCAGGGAUGUGUUCCUAUAAAUGAUUUAUGGUGCAGUGCAUGAUCAGAUUGUGAGGUUGGUAAUCCUGAGCGACAGAGAGGCAGCUGAGUACCUUCAAAUCCAUAAAACCUGUCCCCCAUAACAAUUUUGUGAGCAUGACAGGAGUGCCAAAACAUUUCUGAAGAGGUGUAAUGUCAUGCUACAAAUCCACAAUGCUAAUUUCAGAUUUUCCAGAGGCAGGAGUUUAACUUCUUUCUGGGACCUGUCUUUGCAGAUUAGUCUCAAGUUAUUCUGCCCACUGGAGUAUCCCCUAAGAUCAAUUCCUAAUGAGAAGAUUCAAUAAAGGUCGUGGUCCUUUAGCGCCUCAGAGGGACGGAUAACUAUUCCCAUUCAGCAGCACUGUCACAGAGCAUGGAGAAUUUCAAGAGAGCAGAGAUUCAGGCAUCCUGCCAUGUAGUUGUAAAUGUAGACAAAGAGGGUUUCAUGGGGACUAAGUGAGACAAAUGGUGCAGACUCUGUAGCAUGGAGGGUAGAUUCUGUCCGAGGUUAACUGAGCUUGGCUCACCCGCAGGCACAACUGAUCAUCACUGGCUGAAAUCCAGGAUUUGUUCAGUUUGGGGUGGUGCUGAUGUUAGUGUUGUUUCCUUUGACAGGAUGAGCUGCAGCUUUCUCUAGAGAAAGUUCACCUGAUUGGAUACAGUUUGGGCGCCCAUGUAGCCGGCUACGCUGGAACGUACGUACGAGGGACCAUCGGCAGAAUCACUGGUGAGUUUAGUGAAAUAUAAAUUCGCAGCGCACACUCUUAAAGAUACUGCUGCCUUAUUUUACUGAUCUCCUUUCCUUUCUUUAUUUCUAAUAGGUCUAGACCCAGCAGGACCAAUGUUUGAAGGUGUAGAGGAACAGAAGCGACUGUCCCCAGAUGACGCAGACUUUGUAGAUGUUCUGCACACGUACACUCGAGAGGCUUUAGGUGUCAGCAUUGGUAUCCAGCAGCCAAUUGGGGACAUUGAUAUCUAUCCAAACGGUGGUGAAGUGCAGCCUGGCUGUGCUCUGGGGGAUGUGCUGGCAGUGGCUGGAAGUAAGUUCAUGUUGUUGGCAGCUUUACCUCGCAAAACUACAAUUUUGCACUCAAUCUUUCAGUUUAGCAGUCUGAUACAAAUUUGUGCAGUUGCCACAGACUUAUAUUAAGUCUUUGGUUGGGGGUUGUGCAUUUCCAGUGGACUUUACCAGUUUUCCUCUCCUUCUCCAGAUUUCAUGGAGGUAAUGCACUGUGAGCAUGAGCGUGCUGUGUACUUGUUUGUGGACUCCCUGAUGAACAAGGACCACAUGAGCUUCGCCUUCCAGUGCACGGGCCCCGACCGCUUCAAGAAGGGUAUCUGCCUCAGCUGCCGCAAAAACCGCUGCAACAACAUCGGCUACAACACAAGAAAGAUGCGAAAGAGGCGCAACACUAAAAUGUACCUGAAGACACGUGCUGACACUCCCUUCGGAGGUGAGCUGAAAUCAGGAUGAAUCACUGUAAUCUGUUAUCUUUUCCUACAACUAUUUACUAUCUACAACUUAUCCAUUGACUCUUUAUCUAGCACGUUUUAUGAUUCACUACACUACUGCACAAAACCAACAGUGGCUCAAACAUUAACCUAUGUGUUGAUAUUUUCUUUUAGGCUACCACUACCAGAUGAAGAUGCAUGUGUUCAACAGGAAACAGGCUGAUGAUGCAGAUCCCACCUUUUAUAUCAAGUUAUAUGGAGCCCACAAUGACACUACAGACAUAUUUGUUGAUGUGUAAGUCUAAACUCUCAAUUAAUUUUUGUUUUCAGACCAUAGCGUCACUGUCCUUUCAUAUUGAGAAGUGCACAGACUGCUACAAUAUAAAUGUGGAAUUUGAACUUUGUCGCUGCUAACCUUUUUAAAGUGCCAGACAUGUAGGUUUGUUUAGCAGAGUAAGCUCAGACAGGGGGCGGAUCGCCUCUAACUUUCAGUUGAAGUUUCCAUCAUUGUACAUUUUAAACUCUGUCCCAUUUUUGGUGUAAAAUCAUAUGAAAGAGUUUAAGAGUUUUUUUUUCUGGCAACCGAACUUGACCUGAUUUCUACUUUUCUUUCAACAGUCAUGAUAACACCGUUGGUCUGAACCUGACAAACACCUUCUUGGUGUUUACCGAGGCUGAAAUCGGCGACCUGCUGAAGAUCAAACUGAGCUGGGAGGGAGAAGCUGAAUCCUGGAACUCUCUCUGGAAAAACCUUAAGAAGACGUUCUGGGCCUGGAACGCCAAACCUCCCAAACCUGUGCUUGAAGUCCGCCGCAUUCGUGUGAAAUCUGGAGAAACUCAGAAGAAGUAAGUAGAGGGAGAAGCUCUGUCAACAUUUUUCAAAUUUCUUUUCUGGAAAGACGUGAAUUUACAUGAUUUUCAUUGUUUUCAUAGGUUUACAUUCUGUGCCCAAGACCCUUCAAAAACUGAAAUUUCACCUGGAGAAUCCAUUACUUAUGUGAAAUGUCGUGAUGGCUGGGAAGUGAAACCAAGAAAAAGGUACGAAAAUUGUAAAAGUUAUAAUAUAUGUACAUAGAAGAAUGUUUUAAGAGGCUAAUCAUACUCAGUAAAUACCCUUUUUUUGUGAUCAACAGGCUGGCAGUGUAAAAACUCAGCACUGACAAUAACCAAUGCACCAUCACCAUGGGGGACCCAACAUGGAUCAGAGAUGGCACUGCCUUCUCUUUAAUGAGCACUUUUGUAGGAGGAGGAUUGAUCAGCGCACGGUGAAAGGGGCUUGACUGGACUCUAAACUGCACCUGGAAGGUUUCCCUUGGUUUCUGGAAACACAGACUCUGAGGUCAAUCCAGCCUGAGAGACGGUUGGGGGGGAAAAUAAAAGGAGGCGCAGGUUGGAAUCAGGAGACAGUCCUGAAUUGUGUUGAGAUUGCCGGUGGAUCUGCAGAACGUUCCUUUUGUGUGGACUAGUGAGGUAGAAAACAGAUCUUUGCCAGUGGACAUACACCAGCAAAUGUAGUCACUGUACUGUACAUUUUUAAAUAUCUUUUAUUUAUGAAAAAGAAAAACGGAAGCACUGCAAGACCAACGUUAUUUAUCAGAGCACAUCCCAUAAUGAAGCAUGUGUUGGAUGCAUUUCUCCUAGAUGCAGUAUUUUUGUGUGUAUGUUGUGUGUGUUAAAUGUGUGGGUGUCUGUGCUUGUUGUGACCAAGUCGUGUGCCUUUCUGCUGAGAGAUUACUGAUACACUGUAUAACUGAAGGAGAUCCCUGAUCUCAUUGCACAGAGUCUAUCUGAGGUUUUGUGCAUAGUGUUACUGUUACUGUAUGUGGCUUAUUUUGGGGGUGUGUGUUUGUGUACAUAAUGUAUAUAACUUUUUGGAAGAAUAAAUUCACGUUCUUUGUAAAAA